CCCCCCCCAGAUGCCAGGGUCCCCCCCCAGAUGCCGGGGUCCCCACUGCCCCCUCCCCCUCUCCCCAGGCAGGGGGAGCCCAACCUGCUGCGGUCGCUGUCGCUGCCAGAGGCGACGUCACUCUGGGACCCCCUGCAGCCCCCCGGCAGCGAUUCGGGGCUGUGGAGCUGCCCCUGGGCUCCCCCCCCCGAGCCCCAUCCUGGAGCAGCUGCAGCUGCAGCAGAAGCUGCAGGAGCUCCGAGCCCGGCGGGAGGAGGAUGACCAGCGGAAGCGGCGGCAGGAGGAAGAGCUGCUGCGGCGCAAGCAGUGCCGGCAGCAGGAGGCGCUGCUGAAGCUGCUGCAGCAAAGUGGGGUCCCCGGGGGGGCCCCCCAAAACUGGGCCCUGCCCAAGGUGCCCCCCCCCACCCCGGACAGCGAGCGGCCCCCCCCCAAGGCGCAGCGGGGAGCCCCCAGGGCUGUGGGGGUCCCGUGGGGGGCAGAGCUGUGGCCCCCCCCCGAGAAGAGCCCCCCGGCCUGGGAGGAGAGCGGGGCCGGGGGGGCGGGGCUGCGAGGGGGUGGGGGCGGCAAGGGCGGCCGCGGCGGCCCCCCCCCGGGGCCGGGGGGGCGGGGCCCGGAGGAGGCGCUGCUGAAGCUGCUGCGGGGGCUGCCCCGCCCCCCCGAGCCCCUCCCACACUGGUGCCAGGCAGCGCUGCAGGCCCUGGGCGCCCCCCCGGUGCCGGGGGUGGAGACCCCCCCUCAGCCCCCCCCGCCUUUCGAGGCCUGGCCCCGCCCCGGGGACCCCCCCGAGGCUCAGCCCUUCCCCCGCCCGCUCCUGGAGCACCGCGGCCCCCAGGAGGCGUGGCUGGGGGCGGGGCCGCUGCCCCUCCCCCCGUUCGGCCCCGGGGCGAAGCCGCCCCCCCCGGAGGGGCCCGGGGGGGGGAGGGGGAAGCAGCGCCCCCUGCUGCUGCUGCACAGCGACCCCAGCAUCCUGGGCUACUCACUGCAUGGCCCCGGGGGUGAGGUGGAGACAGUGGAGGAGUACUGAGCCCCACGGCACGGCUGCCCCACAGCACCCCGUGGGGUCCCCUGGCGCCCCACGGCGCCCCACCAAGCACCUUACGGCCGACAUGACCGACCCAGCUGCACUUUAGCCCGGAGCUGCCCCAUGGCACUGCCCCACGGUGCCGCCCCACAGCCGGGCCAGAGCAGCCCCACAGAAAGGGGGCUGCAGCUGCCCCACGGACAAACACCAGCCCCACAAGUAGGACAGGACGGGGCCACCCUAUAGGGGGCUGGAGCUGCUCCAUAGUGCUGGUGUUGCCCCACAGCUGCCCCACAGACACCGGAGCUGCCCCAUAGCGCCGGUGCUGCCCCACAGACACCAGAGCUGCCCCACAGCGGGGAUCGGAGCUGCCCCAUAGAUGCCGGAGCUGCCCCAUAGCGGAGCUGGACUCAUUGCACAAAGCCCCUCCCCCUCGCCCCUCCCCCGGCAGCCAGACCCCGCCCCUCCACGCAGACCCCGCCCCCUUCCCUGCACUGGCCCUGACCCAGUCUCCGCCCUCCCUUCGCUCACGCCCCGCCCACCGCCGGAGCCCCGCCCCUUUCUGUACUGUGUUGCUGUGAUGGGGAGGGGCGGAUCUGGGGGGAAUUCGGGCAAUUUUGGUUAGUUUUGGUUUUUUUUAAGCAAACCCUGGGGUUGAGCCGCCCCUCCCCCUCCCUCUGCCCUCCCCCCCCCCC